UGAGAUGCAAUGACACCUUUAGCUCACUGUCAUCAUAGGGAAUUGUCCCUUUUCCUUUUGGCACCUGGUACCCUCAUUUCCAUGGAGCUCCUCCCCCUCCUCUCCCUGCAUCGUGGCACUUAUCACCCCUCAUACCGGCCCGCUUUGUUGUGAGUGCAGCAGAGGCGCAGCAAAGCACGUACAACCAGAAGGUUAUGAGGAGGUUAUUCCGACUCUUGACUGCUGCAGAAUUCAUUAACUCUCCGUUAAAAAAACAAAAAACAAAAAAGCGGCUGCAGCACUGAAGGAGCACAACGAGAAACGCUCGCCGUACUGGACGUUUUGCACGGCUCUUUUGUUUUGAUCCCCAUCUCGGCUGCAUCAAGGACAGAGAUAUCAGGGCGAUACGAGGAUCCAUGAGAGACGCUUUGAAUAGGAUACCGCUUCAGUAUCACGGUUGUGUGCAGGAUUCAGCCAUGGAUGCAGGGAGGCUGGAGCAGCAGGUGGCCAGCGUGGACAGAGGCAUCGCCUUCCUGAAGCAGGAGCACCUGGCCAUGCUGACCGGUCUGCAGCUGGAGAUCACACACCUGAAGAGGCGCUGUCAUGAGCUAAGCUGUGAGCUGGACUCCAGGUUUCCUGAUAGAAACACACAAGAGGAGGAAGCAGAACUGGCAGCACGAUGUGAGGCUACAGAGCAUCUCCUACAGGACCGGCAAUGCACGAUGGUCGCUGUGCGUGGGGAGCUGCGGGCCGGCCGAGCACGGGCAUCAGCGCUUGGAAGGAGCCUGAGGGAGGAAGAGCGAUGUUUCCUGGAGGAACUGAAACGCCGCAGCCACAAGAUCACUCUGCUGAGUCGCGAACUCCAACGGCAAAAUGUCAUCACGACGAGCCUCUGCCAUGAGCUCCACACGGCACGCUUAAAACUGUUCCAACAAAGGCAGAGCACAGAGUCUGCUGCAGAGGCAGACGAGGAACCCAGAGGAAAGGAGGUACAAGAGGGAGAGGAGGAGGAGAAUGAGGAUGAAGAUGACGAAGAGGAGGAAGAGGAUGAAGAUUAUGAAGAGGAGGGCUCGGACUGGCUUCUGUCUCCGCCUCCUCCCGCCUCUCCAAGUCUACCAGAAGAUAGACACAGGAGGCGUGUCAGCGUGAGGGAGGAGAGGGUCAGAGCUUGCGUCCCACAGGAGAGAGUGACAUCACCGCAGAGGCCACACCCCAUGCCCGACCCCGCCCUCUUCUUGGUGCCGCUUCGAUAUCGCCUCCUUCGCUUGAGCCAACCGCUCAGAACACAGGAGGGAGAGGGGCUGGAGGACGAAUGGGAGGACAUAGAGGACAUCAGGGUACACAGCAGGGUGGACAUGGGAGCAGGAGAGGGAGAAACUGCUCUGUGAUGAGGAUAAACAGACAAAGUUGUCUUCCAGCAGGUUCCCGGCCUCGAUCAGUCCGCAGCUGAUGCCACUAUUCUAGAAACAGCUUACGAUGAGAGAGAGAUGUAACCUUGUGAUUGUCUGUAGAUUUCAGGAAGUUAGAUAUUUAGAGUUAGUUGCACAAGAGUGUGUGUGAGCAAACAAAGACGUACACAAAGACCUAUUAACUGAAUUUGUCAUACUGACGGACAUGUGUGGGUCAGAGAAGACUGAAUAGUGGGACUGUUUCAUAUGAAUGCCUUUUCAGCUUGCCACUGUUGCUCACGGCUUUUGCCUGUAAUUAAUAGCCUUGCCUCUGGGUGUAUGAACUCUUAUGCCACACUGUUCAAAGUGGCAACAUGCUUUUUCACUGCACUAGUCGUAUUCCAGGUUUGGAAAAUCACUCUAGAAGGCUUAGGGAACAUUUUGUAUGAUUUGCACUUUAUUAAAUUCAUGCAAUGUGCCUGGUAAUGGCAGAG